AUGGAUUUAAGACAUGAAUUUGGGCAUGUGUUGAUGUCGCGGCAGACUACAAACUUACAGGUAUGCAUCUCUACUAUUGUCACUAUAAUGGAGGGGCCCAUCGCAGAUAGGGCUGAGAAAAGCAGUCGGGCCAACAGUGCACUGGGAGGCGCUGCUGCCGAACCCAUAACGAGCACUAAUGACCAAAACCGGCCCUUUGAAGUUGGCGGUGAUACAUUAACCGACUUCAAGUCAGCUGCCAGCCGCACCUGCGAUAACCAGAAAAACGCAUGUGCAAAGAUCGCCAACGAGGGGGCAAUAGUAACGGCCUGGCAGUGA